GGUUACCCAGCGUUAAAGCACGAUUCACAGUUUGCAGUGUUCCGCUUCGUUUUCACAGGAGUGGCCUCUGAGACCCCUAUCGUGCAUCCAAGAUGGUAUUUGGAAGUGAAUAGCAGCAGUAUUUGCCCUUUGUAACAUUACCUCUUGUCAAUCCCAUGAAGUUUUAAGUUUCUAUGCUCAAUUGUAUGAUUACCUCAGUUGAAUAUUUUUAGCCUAACCCUAUUGAAUGUACAUAGUCCUGUGCAAAAUUUCUGUCCUCAGCAGUUAUCGCGAUGAAAGUGUAAAAGUAGAAGAUGGUGGAGGGGAGGAGGCACCGAGGGGCGGAGGCACCGAGGGGCGGAGGCAGGAGGGGGCACGUUCAUUCAACAACCUCAAAGCAUAUUUUAAUCAGGAUUUAGGAGCAGAGACUGACCAAUCCGAGAAAUGCGCGGGUCCAUUUGAAUGUUCUCCGGUCCAAUAACGGAUAGUGUGAUUGUAUAUAAGAUGGCAAGCGCCUUCCAAGGCACUGUAGUGUGUUCUGCUUUGUCUUUGUUGCACUAAUGGCUCGUACCAAGCAGACGGCCCGCAAGUCCACCGGCGGCAAGGCCCCGCGCAAGCAGCUGGCCACCAAGGCCGCCCGCAAGAGCGCCCCGGCCACCGGCGGCGUGAAGAAGCCGCACCGCUACCGGCCCGGCACCGUGGCGCUGCGCGAGAUCCGGCGCUACCAGAAGUCCACCGAGCUGCUGAUCCGCAAGCUGCCGUUCCAGCGCCUGGUGCGCGAGAUCGCGCAGGACUUCAAGACCGACCUGCGCUUCCAGAGCUCGGCCGUGAUGGCGCUGCAGGAGGCCUGCGAGGCCUACCUGGUGGGUCUGUUCGAGGACACCAACCUGUGCGCCAUCCACGCCAAGCGGGUCACCAUCAUGCCCAAGGACAUCCAGCUGGCCCGCCGCAUUCGCGGGGAGAGGGCUUAAAGGCUACUGAGUGCAACGCUGAACCCAAAGGCUCUUUUCAGAGCCACCCACAUUUUCUGUACAAAGCAGCUGUGAUUCAAAAUUCACGGUUUGGGUGUUUUUAUGUACAACAUGUCACAGUGUAACACUUUUACCAUCGUCAUCCUGCCUGAUGGGUUGCGUAGUUCUAGUUUAAUUUCAGACGUUGCGUUCUACCCAAAGUUAGGUCCGUUUUAAGUCAAGACUAUUAAGAUUUGGCAAAUAGCCGGCAAAUACUGACGUCAAUUUGUAUAAACAAUCAUUUGAGUAGAUUCUUCGUUACUCUUGUUUUCUGGUUCUGAUCUGAAACAUCUUUAGGUGUUCUGUUAGGUAGUUUUGUUUUUUUCAAACUUGCCCUUACCAAGUGCUUUUGUAUUGCUGGUGAUACCACUUGUAUGUUCUAGAACAUUAUUACCAGGAUAUACUGUGCAGUGUUUAAUGGUUUGCUCUUAAUUGAAAUUUUAAAACUUUGGACAUUUUUUUCCAUUUUAAAAAGUAAGGGCUACAGAUCAGGUGCUGCAAAGUAGGCCAUUGGGCAUACAUUUAUAUUAUGCUGGAAUAUUUAAAGUAAUGGUUGGAAAUUUUUGUUUUCUCUAGGUUUUGCAAUAUAUUUCUGAAACCGUUGAACUACAGAAGCUGUUCAUACUCCGGACCUUGGUUCCUGUUCCUUUUCCACCAGUUUCAUAUACCUAAUAUUCUGCCCAGGUUUGGUAUGCGAAUGACCAGUUGGAAAAGUUGCCAAGAUGUAACUGGAAUGGGUGAUUUGCUUGGAUACAUUUUCCAGGGCUUUAAAUAAAUAAAACCCCUCGGGUGGUGGUGGCGCACACCUUUAAUCCCAGCACUCAGGAGGCAGAGCAGGCGGAUCUUUGUGAGUUCAAGGCCAGCCUGGUUUACAGAGCAAGAUCCAGGAAAGGUGCAAAGCUACACGGAGAAACCCUGUCUCAAAAAACCAAAAAUAAAUAAAUAAAACCCCAUUGGUUUACACAAUAAUAUUUUAUCUUAAAUUAUGAAAACCAGCAUUGCCAGGCCUGAGUGGCUCAGGCAUGUACUCCCUGAUACUCCACAGGCUGAGGUGGCAGGAUCGAUCACUAGUUUGAAGUUUGCUCGGGUUACAGGAAGAGUUCAAAGAUAGCCUUGGUAAUUUCAUAGGACCCUGUCUCAAAAUCAGAAGGGGCUGGGGUAGAGGUAUAAGGAGACAGCACCGGCUUAGCCAGUGAAGCCCUAGAUUCAAGCCCCAGUAAACAAACAGAAGGAAGAGGGAAAGUAAAAGUGUAUUUCCAAGUUGUCUAGAGACUGCUAAAGACCGCUCUCCCUUGCUACUGCUUGGCAUCCACAGGUAUCUCGAGGUGAUGGGGUCUCUUGAAGGCCCAGCAUUUCAAUAUUUGGGUUUUAGCUGUGCUGGCUUUGAUGUCCUCUGCUUGGCUUUAUAUAUAUAUUUUCUGCAUCUGUAAGAAACUAGUGUUUUCAGUGCAGUGCUGACAGGCAGUACUUCCCAUUUUUCUGUAAUAAGAUGGACAGUCUUCAAUUAGUCUGGCUCUUCUCGCCAGCUCCACAGUCCCUACCAAAGCCAAGGGUGAAAAAUGGAUUCUGGAUUCAGUCUUCAUUUCCUUGAGGCUCUAAUAGAAUUUCACAAUGUCAAAUAAAUAAGUAAAUAAAAAGUUCCUUUAAAGAGCCCACAGCAGAGACCUAGCAGCAUGAAGUAGUCAUGUGUGUGGGACGCUUGCUAAGGCUCAGUCUCCCCUGGGUGCCUUCUGUGUCCUCUGGAAGGAAUCACUUUCUCCACACGAAAAUGGGAUCCACACCAUCUGUCUUCCAGGAUUGUGACUGGGGUAUAUUUGAAUGCCUGCUUUUAAUUUUUCUAAACCGUACAUUAUUUUUCUUUCUAGUUUAAGUUUUUAAAUAGCCCACACUAGCUUCUUAAAUUACUUUUUACUUGGCAUCACUUAAUUGCAGAGUCUGCUCAGUUUAUAAAUAAAAUAUUACCAUAUACUUAGAAAUCAACAAUGGAAAAAUUCAAGGUCUUUUAGGUUUGUUUUGUUUGUUUUAGCAAUGUCGUGAUAUUUUAUUUGUGCUCUAACAAAUAUAACCUACCUAGGGAUCAGAGGAUAGAGCCAGCCUCUAGAGUAGACAGAGAGGCCAGACAGUGGUAGCGCACACACCUUUAAUCCUAUCACUUGGGAGGCAGAAAUCUGUGUGGAUCUCUGAGUUCAAGGCCACACUGGGAACAGAACCAGGCGUGGUGGUAAUACAUGCCUUUAAUCCCAACACUUGAGAUCUCAGGUCUUUGCUUGGGAAGGACACAGGCCUUUAAUCCCAGGAAGUGAUGACAGGAAGCAGAAAGGUAUAUAAAGUGUGAGGACCAGGAACUAGAGGCUUUUAAGCAGUUCAGCGGAUACCCUCAGGGCUGAGAACUCAGAGGCUUCAGUAUGAGGAAACAGGAACUCACGUUCCUGAGGCAGAGAAAUUGGAGAGGCGAGGUUAGCUGUGGCAUGUUCUGCUUCUCUGAUCUUUUAGUAUUCACCCCAAUAUCUGGCUCCGAGUUUUUUGUUAAUAAGACCAUUUAGCAAUCCGUGUUACAAGCAAGGAGAAGUAUUGCCUCUUAUCUCCCGACUCUCUCCCUAAAACAGGAGAAAAGAUGUGUUCUUCGGCAGAAGGCUACAAUUGAGAUCAUUGUGUACCAAACUAUCAGGCACUAAAGGCCAAGGGCAUUUCUAUUUUGGUAAAACAAUGUUUAGCUUUCUUUAGCAUUCACAUAUAACUUACUCUCCUACGAUUGCCUCUCUGUACUCCACUUGGAAUAAAAACACUUCAGUUUU